AUGCCUUCGAAUGUAUCACUUUUCACGCCCUUCUCUGGUGCUCAGGCAAAAGGACUAAUUGUUGUUCCCGUAUUUGCCUUGCUAUCUGCUUUAGCGCUCGCUUUCAUAGUUUUCAGGAGUAUCCGUUUUGUGGUUAUCCCCUCAUUCCGGCGUAACGCGACGAUAUGCAGAGCCCCGGAGAACUUGUUCUUCCGUACUCAACUGGGCCACUAUGCUGCCUCCCUUGUUUUGAGCAAUGUUUUCCUCACCGCAGCUGGGCUCAUGGAGUUUUACUGGGUCAGACAGUCUGGGAUUCAUCAAGGUUUCAUGUGCUCUUCUCAAGCUGUCCUCAUGCAGAUCGGUAACUGGUCCACUUGUUUCUUCUCUGUUGCUAUUGGUCUCCACACAUGCAACUCUCUGGUGUUUCGCAUCUAUCAAAUUAACUGGCUGAGCGUCGCGGUCAUCGCCUUUGGAUGGAUUAUAUCGCUUGUGAUUGCACUGGCACCUCUCAGCGAGGCUGGUGUCUAUGGCCCAAUCACCGUCUCUUGUGGUGUUACGAUGGCACAUCCCGGCAAGAUAUUUGGGCUCGAAGCUUUUCCAGUCAUCCUCGGGUCUGUACUUUCGGUCAUUCUUUACGCCUUGAUCUUCCUUGAUCUUCGGGGCAUUCUACAUGUCAAAGGGAGCACGAAGAUCACGUGCAAGUCCCAAUGGUGUGCUGUGAACGACUCCAAGGAAUACCAACGCUUCAUAGGAGCUAUCGCGAAGUACCCUAUUGCAUUUGUCUUCCUCUUGUUGCCGUUCACGGUUGCAAACCUGACGCAAGUCUCCGGUCGUACUAUUUCAUUUGGAGCAGAUAUUUUUGCGCAUGUAUGCUCCUUUAUGCUUGGGCUUGUUAACGUCGGUCUCUUGUACAACACCUUCCGCGUGCUCAGUCCAGUUUUCCACGGUCUGGCAGUCCCAAAGAUCCAGGUCGACACAGAGAAGACUUUUGGAAAUGACGCUUUCGACGAAUCGCCUAUUCUUCCCCCGGCUGCUCACAUGCCCAAAGGACCGCUUUUGCCCCUGUAUAAUGAUGACUCUAAGACAAUAUCCCCAGUCUCGCUGUCAGAUUUUCCGGUAGUUAGACAGCACUCCCGUAACUCGUCCAGCGCAAGUCUUGAUUCUACGACCCAACUGCUGAGCACCAAGAGGAAACCCUCGAGGUAUCACCAUAUGAGGGUCAGGCAGGGCGAGUCGAUGCUGUCUCUGCCUCGUACCAUUCUCCCUGCUGCCGAGCUCAACCGUCAACUCGGCGCCGCAUCUGAAGGGAGUCUCAUGGGUCGCAACCUUCGCCUCGACUUGCCUAUGGCUGAGGUCCACACAGCCAAAACGACCCUUGUGACUGUCAGCCUAUCGCCUGCGCCUCGUUCUGCUGUUGCAUCAAUGCUCACCGCCUCUCCAAUCACAUCUGCGCCUGUCCAAUCCACGAACCCUCCUCCCAUCAUGAGGCAGUUCACUGCGGCCUUUGGGAGCCCGAGACGCAAGUCCGUAUUUGGGCCACGGUCGAAAGGUAGCGAUAAAUUGACUUCCGCUCUUCCUAUUGGGCAGUCGCUUUCACCCGUUGCUGCGUCCCCGUCUGGUAAGAGUCCAACAGACAAAUCUGUCUCGCGAUUCCGCGUACCUUCUAUAACCGCUGCUGGAAGACGCAGACCCUCCCCAUUGGAUCUCACUGAUAUCACUCCUAUUGUGCCUGCUGUUCGACCUCUACCUGCUAUCACCACAGAGGUUAAGGCUUCUCAGAAGGUCGAUAAAGGGAAACGCAGAGCUUUGCCUCCUCCAGUGGAAAAGGAUGCCACAUCUCGUUCCCGCGCCGUCCUCCGACCGUUACCUCAAUUCCCUCACAACAGUGUAGGAUCUUCAUCUUCAAGUGAACGUAGCCGCCUCCCUGAUCCUGUUGCACCCACUGUCUCCUAUGAACGACAUGUUUCACUCUCUUCGCUCUCAUCCAUAUCUUCUACAUCUUCCUCUCUGAGCAGCCCUGAAAGCGCAUAUUCGAGCAACACAUUCGAGGAAGGAAGUGGGAAGGCCCUGCCGAGCCUUCCACCGACACGUGACAAUACUAUUGAAGGGGAGGACAGCAUCGAUUCCGAAUCCUCUUCUUCCCUUUCUUUCGGCACCCGCAGGCAGGCUCUGCAAAGUGGGAGAGCGACAUGGACGACAGUCUGGUCGCAGGAGAGUGCUGUUACCACAAGUCAACCUCCGGCCAUAGAGGCCAUGUCUACAUAUGCAUCGCUUGUUCUUGGCGCAAGCGCGGUCAAGGGUGAUCAGGCAAGCGUAGAGAAUGUUCCAAAGAGGCAGGAAGUUCCUCCUCUACGUCGCGUUCAGAUACCGCCUACACUUCUACCAGGCAAUUUGGCGGGAAAGCUGUCGGGUCUUCCGCCUUGGUUGCGGACAUGA